AUGGAUCAGCAGCAGCAGACCGAAGAGCGCAGGACGAUGGCCAUCAGCUUUCUGGUCAACCCCGAAGACCAGGAGCUCUCCUUUCCGUGGAUGCAGCGGCAGCCGUCGAUGAGCUCGCCGCCCUCGUCCCCUUCGUCUUCGCUCCUGCUGGACAACGACAAUGACUACGAUGACAACUACCAAGUCGACGCAGAGCCAUCUUCAACGACUUCUUCUUCUUCUUCUUCGCCCUCGGGCUCCUUCUCCUACUCCUCUUCUUCCUAUCCCUCUUCGCCCUCGUCCCACAUCAACCUGUUCCCCCUCCUUCCCUCCUUCGCCACCAUCGCCUCCGCCGCCACCCCGUUCUACUUGUCGCCUCAGUCGCCUCCAUCUUCUUCUUCUUCUUCUUCUUCGACUUCUAUGCCGACUUCGACUUCCACGCCCUCGGCCUCGCCGUCGUCGCCCAGCUCGAGCUACGCGCCAUCGCCUUCGGCCUCGUCCACCGUGGCCGAGCUGCUCGAGGGCCUCAUUCACACCAUGGGACCCCACGCCUUUGCCAACCACGCCACAUCGUCGUCGUCGUCGUCGUCGUCGUCGUCUACGUCGCCGGCGUCGGUGGCGAUGAAGGAGAGCCGCGGCCGCGGCAAGGGGCGUCGCCAGGCGUCGGCCGGCCAGGUGUCGCUGCUCGAGGAGGUCUUUGCGCUGGAGCCCAUUCCGACGGCCCUCACCAAGGCCCGGCUGAGCCAGCUGCUGGACAUGCCCACCAAGCGCAUCCAGAUCUGGUUCAAGAACAAGCGCGCCCGCCAAAAGAAGGGCCGCUCGAGGAAGGAGCCCUUCACCUUCCACUACUUCGCCGCCGCCGCUGCGGCCGCCGCGCACCAGCAGUUCCAGCUCGGCGGUGGUCUUGUCGCGACCAACAAACACAACAUCAACACCGCCGCGGGCCUCAACCGCUUCCGGCCAGUCAAGCCCUCCUCCACCAACUUCGGUGGUCUCGUUUACUGA